AAAAAACUAAAAAUAAACGUAAUUACCUCGCCAUUGUCUUUCUCUCUCCAACAACACCAAAGAAGGCCACCACCGCCAGCAUCGCCACCACGUCCGCUAGUCUCACGACGUCGGUGUGGGAAACCAAUCCACCCUCUCCUUUUUCUUUUCUUCCUCGCACUAAAUUCAGAAGCACUAAAUUCAGAAUUUUGUAUUCUGUAUUCUCUAAGAAGAAAAUUCCAAAAUUCUUUCUCUAAAAGAUCAACUUUUUCAAACCUUCUCCCCGAUCAUUUGACCCUUUUUCCUUACAGCCAAGCAGCUGAGGAAAAACCACUAUCGAUUAUACUUCUCCGUCUUCUUUAACCUCUGAAUCAGGGUUUCUGCUUUUCUCUACCACUGUGAUUCUCCAAGAGGGGUUCAACAGUGAGAGCAAUACGGGUAGUGGAUUAGCGAAGCGCUUCCGAAUUCGCUCAGGUGAGAGGGAAUUGGGGUUCUCUAUGGAAGUUUUUAGAAGAUUCUAGGGUUUUGUAUUAGAUUUCAAGACUUUCUACUUGAUAAUUUGGUUUCGAUUUCCCAAACUACACAUCGAAAUUAGGUUUUAGGAUGGUAGAUUGGUAACGAUGGUGAGGCUUCUAAGACUGAGUCGAGGAGAAUCGGAUGAGUCACCUCGUGAAAUCACCACUUCGAGGACUCCUCUAACAAGCGAGUCAGGUGAAAAUGGGUGGCUCAUCAGAUUCUUUGACUCAGCGUUUUUCUGUGAGUGGAUCGCCGUUAGCUAUCUUUACAAGCAUGAUCAUGCCGGGGUACGAGAUUAUCUCUGUAACAGGAUGUACACUCUUCCAUUAUCUGGAAUCGAAAGCUAUCUGUUCCAGAUUUGUUACAUGAUGGUACAUAAGCCAAGCCCUUCAUUGGAUAAGUUCGUUAUUGAUAUGUGCUCAAAAUCACUGAAAAUGGCAAUGAAGGUGCAUUGGUUUUUGUUGGCCGAGUUAGAGGAUUCUGAUGAUAAUGAAGGGAUUAAUAGGAUUCAAGAAAAGUGUCAAAUUGCUGCUACUUUGAUGGGUGAGUGGCCUCCCCUUGUGCGGCCACCCAAUGCAGGUUCAAGUCCCGGGAGUAAAAAUCAAGUUUUGAAUCGAUUCCUAUCCUCGAAACAGCUGUUUUUGUCGUUGACUACACCUUCUCCACAGAGAUCAAUAUCAUUGUCCUCCCCCUCUUCAGGAAACCAUUUGCAGGAAGAUGGUAAUCAAUUGUUGUCCCCAGAGGAGAAUAAGAUUUUUAAAAAAUUUAUUCCAAGUCCUAAAGUCAGAGAUGCCUUGUUGUUUAGGAAGUCAGCUGAGAAGGACGAAGAGGAGAAUGAAAAGGAUGGGUUUUUCAAGAGGAUUUUGAGGGACAGCAAAGGGAGAGAGGAUGAGGAGUUAACAUCGAGUUCAGAUGGGUUCUUUAAGAGGCUUUUAAAGGAUAGUAAAGGAGAGGAGGAAGAAAUGACUUCAAGUUCUGAAGGGUUUUUUAAGAAAUUGUUUCGAGAUAGUAAGAGUGAUUCUGAUGAUAAAAUGGUUUCUAAGCCAGCAGAAGAUGAUGAGAAAGAGGGGUUCUUUAAGAAGUUAUUUAAAGAUAAAUUUGAGGAUAAGAAAGAUGUAAAUGAUAGAAUUGAUGAUGUGCAUAUGAUGAGCACUGCAGAAAAAGCUUCAAAAUCCGGUGAAGAUGAUGAAAAGGAGGGUUUUUUCCGGAAACUUUUCAAGGAUAAAUCCGAGGAAAAUAAAGACGGGAAUGAUAAGAAUGAUGACGUAGCUGAUAGAACUGAUGAUGUACAUAUGGUGAAUUCUGCUGAAAAAACUUCAAAAUCAGGUGAAUAUGAUGAAAAGGAGGGUUUUUUCCGGAAACUUUUCAAGGAUAAAACCGAGGAAAAGAAAGAAGGUAAUGAUAAGAAUGAUGAUGGCGAGGAAGAAGAUCCUUCAGAGUUCUCACUGUUGAGAAGACUGUUCAGAGUGCAUCCUGGAGAGAAUAAAACUAGUACAGCAAAUGAAUACGGCAACAGUGAUAGUUUGUUUGAGAGCAGUCCAGGGACUGAGAACUUCUUCCGCAAACUCUUUAGGGACCGGGAUCGUUCAAUUGAAGAUUCGGAGCUGUUCAAUUCAAAGAUGCACAAAGAGAAGCAUCCUGGUUCACCUAAGCAACAGAUUGAUAGAUCAAACUCCAAGCCUCCGCUUCCAAAUAAUUCUGUAUCACAAUUACGAAAAGGGGCUUAUCAUGAUUCAUUGGAUUUUGUACUGUCAUUAUGUGACACAUCAUAUGGCUUGGUGGACGUUUUUCCUAUUGAAGAUCGUAAAACUGCUCUUCAUGAGUCACUUGCAGAGAUCAAUUCACAUCUAGCUGAGGCCCAAAACAAUGGAGGAGUUUGCUUUCCAAUGGGAAAAGGGAUGUAUCGUGUGGUUCAUAUUCCUGAAGAUGAAGCUGUUCUUUUGAAUUCUAGGGAAAAAGCACCUUACCUGAUCUGCGUUGAAGUUUUGAAAUUUGAAUUGCCGAGCAGUACAAAGGAUGCAUCUAAUACUCAGAAACUUUUUAGAGGUGGAAUCCCUCUAGCAAAUGGUGAUGCAUUACUCCAAAAGCCGCCUCCAUGGGCUUAUCCUUUAUGGACCGCUCAAGAGGCGUAUCGAAAUAGUAGUGAUAGGAUGUCAAGUUCCACUGCACAAGCCAUUGACCAAGCAAUGACACAUAAGUCUGAUGCAAAAGUGAAAUUUGUUAAUGUGUGUUUCUCUGUAGAAAAGCAAUCAAUCAAUACGUCAGGGAGUAUUGAUGCACGUGAUCCAAAGUGUGGUGUGAAUCGUUGCAAUUUGAGUGCUGUUUCAGUUCAGGGUGGACGAGAUUUAACUCAAAAAAUAGAAGAUGCUCAUGCUAGUGAUAUGGAGUGGGUAAGGGUGGUAUUGACUGGAGAUCCUGGGCUCCGAAUGGAAGAUAUUGAGGGGCAGGGGCGACAACGUCGGAAGGAGCACCGUCGUGUUCCAAGUACUGUUGCCAUAGAGGAAGUAAAGGCAGCGGCUGCAAAGGGAGAAGCUCCUCCUGGACUCCCUUUGAAAGGGGCUGGUCAGGAUUCAUCAGAUGCACAGCCAAGGGCUAAUGGAGGUGUGCCUAAAGCUGGUGAUGCAUUAUCUGGUGAACUUUGGGAGGUGAAGAAGGAGAGAAUACGGAAAGCUUCAAUAUAUGGGAAAUUACCUGGUUGGGACUUGCGUUCUGUUAUUGUAAAGAGUGGGGAUGAUUGUAGGCAAGAGCAUCUUGCUGUGCAGCUUAUCUCUCAUUUUUAUGAUAUAUUCCAAGAAGCAGGCCUUCCUCUAUGGUUGCGCCCUUAUGAAGUUUUGGUUACAUCUUCUUACACAGCACUUAUUGAAACAAUUCCAGAUACGGCCUCUCUUCAUUCUAUCAAAAGUAGAUAUCUUAAUCUAUCAAGUUUACGUGAAUUCUUUGCUGCUAAAUAUCAGGAAAAUUCUCCAAGUUUUAAACUGGCACAGAGAAAUUUUGUUGAAAGUAUGGCUGGGUAUUCCCUUCUGUGCUAUCUUCUGCAGGUGAAGGAUAGGCAUAAUGGAAAUCUGCUACUGGAUGAAGAAGGUCACAUAAUACAUAUAGAUUUUGGCUUCAUGCUCUCCAAUUCACCUGGUGGUGUAAAUUUUGAGAGUGCACCAUUCAAAUUAACCCGUGAACUUCUUGAGGUCAUGGAUUCUGAUGCUGAGGGAGUUCCAAGUGAAUUUUUUGACUACUUUAAGGUAUUAUGCAUCCAGGGCUUCCUAACCUGCCGUAAGCAUGCAGAGCGCAUAAUUCUUCUUGUUGAAAUGUUGCAGGAUUCUGGUUACCCAUGCUUCAAAGGUGGCCCUCGAGCAAUACAGAACUUGAGAAAACGGUUCCACUUAAGUCUGACAGAAGAGCAAUGUGUGUCAUUGGUGCUUUCCCUGAUCAGCAGCAGUUUAGAUGCAUGGCGGACGCGGCAGUAUGAUUAUUAUCAAAGGGUUUUGAAUGGGAUAUUGUGAAUUCAAAUUAGAUUUGUUUCCCUAUUGUUGCAUGUUUGCUAAAAUCAGACUAGUGAAGAUUUUCAUGCGAAAAAGAUACUCGUGUUAUACAAGGAUGAUUCGCUAUGCAAUGGCUCCAACGUUUUUCUACAAGAUAUAAUUCUUUUUAAGAGGGUGAAGGAUGGUUCGUACCCGUUUGUGGCCGUCUUAUAUUGGUUUGAGGAAUUUGUAAUUGUAUCGGCGAAUAUGAACAUAAGAAGGCUAGCACGCAAACUCUUCCAUAUCAGAGCUCUCUUCAGUUCUUCUGGCUCUUGGUGAUUAAAUUACUAGGAGUUCCGACUAUAAUGUGUCUACCCAACGUCAGACAUUGGAUACUGUACAGAGUGAUUCGAACAUGGACAAGAACACCAAGGUAAGAAAUUAGGUGUUUACAGGUUGAAACAGCAGAUACAUCAAAACUUGAACCAGUUUGCCAUGGAUAAUAUGAUUUUGUACAUGCGACAUUCCCAUUUAAAGAUGACGCACUUUCGGAAUAGAAUGAUGGAUGGCAAUGCAUGCUAUAAGUAAAGUUGGUGGUUUCAUCAGGGUUUAAUUCAUGGCGUGUCAUUCCCUGUUGUAAUUUCUCCCAUUACAUAUAUAGUGUUCCUCAGCAAGUAAAGGAUGCUUGAUUGUAUCAUAUCACAUUUUCUUCAGUGCCAGGUUUCUUCAUUACAAACUCAUAUAGCGGAGUUGUUUG